GGCUCCUCGGCUCCACUCUGCCCUUUUGUUGUGUGGCGCUUCUGACCUGUUACCGCUCGCUGGUUUCUGGGCGUUUUAGCCGGUUUUUUGUAGCUUUUAUCGGGACCUACCGAGAAGCCUGUAUCGGCUGGUUGCGUGUCGGUGGAUUUAAAGGACUAUUCCCGAGCCGAGCGGAGGACUUUGGCUUGUUGGAGCAGUUAAUGGGACAGAUGGAAGACUGAGAUUCCGCCUGGACGCUGCCUGCGGCGGCUGCUUCCAGCCGGACUGUCGCAGUCAAACAAACGAGUGCACAGGACGCAUGUAGUCCAAGUAAAACACAGUGAAGUUCGCUUUGAAAGCAGGCUUGACAAUGGGGUGUGUCAGGAGUAAAGAAGACAAGGCUCCGGCACUGAAGUACAGACCUGACAACUCAAAUGCCACACCAGCCAAUGCCCACGUGGGACAUUAUGGGCCAGAGCCCACCCUGAUGGGACAUUCACCAGCACUGAAGCCGCAAAACAGCUACAACAGCCACGCCACCACCAUCACACCCUUUGGUGGUGCCUCUUCAGCCAUAACACCCUUUGGCGGGGCCUCGACCUCCUUCAGCUCAGUGGCUGUAAGCAGUUCCUUCCCUGGUGUAAUCACAGGUGGCAUAACAUUCUUUGUCGCACUGUAUGACUACGAAGCGAGGACAUUAGAUGAUCUGUCAUUCAAAAAAGGAGAUCGCUUCCAGAUUAUCAACAACUCGGAAGGCGAUUGGUGGGAGGCACGCUCCAUCAACACCGGACAAAAAGGUUACAUCCCCAGUAACUACGUGGCCCCGGCCGACUCCAUACAGGCUGAAGAGUGGUACUUUGGUAAAAUGGGCCGCAAAGAUGCUGAACGUCUGCUGUUAGUUCCAGGGAACCAGAGAGGCACUUUUUUGGCACGAGAGAGCGAGACGACAAAAGGCGCCUACUCUCUGUCUAUCCGGGACUGGGAUGAGGUAAAAGGAGACAACGUCAAGCACUACAAAAUCCGUAAACUGGAUAACGGUGGUUAUUACAUCACUACGCGAGCUCAGUUUGAGACGCUACAGAAGCUGGUGAAACACUACACAGAACAUGCAGAUGGUCUGUGCUACAGGCUAACUGCCGUUUGCCCCACUGUGAAGCCUCAAACUCAGGGACUGGCUAAGGAUGCUUGGGAAAUCCCUCGAGAGUCCCUUCGACUGGAGGUCAAACUGGGCCAAGGCUGCUUUGGAGACGUGUGGAUGGGCACAUGGAAUGGCACCACUAAGGUGGCUAUCAAGACUCUAAAACCAGGCACCAUGUCUCCAGAGGCCUUCCUUCAAGAGGCUCAGAUCAUGAAGAAACUCCGACAUGACAAAUUGGUGCCUCUGUAUGCAGUGGUGUCAGAGGAACCUAUCUACAUUGUCACAGAGUUUAUGGGUAAAGGGAGUUUGUUGGACUUUCUGAAAGAGGGAGAUGGUAAAUAUCUGAAACUACCCCAGUUGGUCGACAUGGCGGCACAGAUUGCAGAUGGCAUGGCUUUCAUAGAAAGGAUGAACUACAUCCACAGGGACCUGAGAGCUGCUAACAUUCUGGUGGCCGACAACCUGGUGUGUAAAAUUGCUGACUUUGGCCUAGCUCGGCUCAUUGAGGACAAUGAGUACACCGCCAGACAAGGUGCCAAGUUUCCCAUCAAAUGGACGGCCCCUGAAGCAGCGCUGUACGGCCGCUUUACUAUCAAAUCAGAUGUCUGGUCGUUUGGUAUACUACUGACUGAAUUGGUGACAAAGGGUAGAGUACCAUACCCAGGUAUGGUGAAUCGGGAAGUACUUGAGCAGGUAGAACGAGGUUACCGUAUGCCCUGCCCCCAAGGCUGCCCCGAGUCCCUCCACGAGAUGAUGAAGCAGUGCUGGAAGAAAGAGCCGGAUGAAAGACCCACAUUUGAGUAUAUCCAAUCCUUUUUAGAAGACUACUUCACAGCCACAGAGCCGCAGUAUCAGCCAGGGGACAACCUCUAGUAUGCUGAAUUUAGAGGAAACCCUGGCAACGCACAGGGGCACGUUGGAUCAAAGUGUGGGACAGUCAAACUUCAACAAGGCCGUCAAAAUGGGAAGCAGCUUACCGAAGCUGCAAAAAAAAAAGGAUUAAAUGCCAUAAAAUAAUUCACCACCACACUGGAACUUAUCUGCAAGUGCACAUUUGCUGAAGUAUCAGAUAUUUUCUCAUAUGUACAUAGGGACCAAAUAUUCAGGAGAAUGUCCAAGUGUACAGAUGGGUUCUAGUACGUUAAGCUCUGGGGACCCCACUGCAAUCCUUAAAAAUGGCCACCAACACUGUGAUCAAAAAUGGUGACUUUUAAAUCAACAUUUUAUUUUUUUAGGGUUUUUUUUUUUCUUUUCUGAAUACUAAAUGUUCUCUCCCGCCUUCUUUUGGUUUUAAAAUUUUGAUGUUGGGAGUCGAGUCCUUUUGUACAUCCUUUUGGGUUCUCUUACAGAGGCUGAUGGGUUUUUCCCUCUUUUAAGGUGAACAGUUAUGGUUGACUUGUCAGGUGUGUGUGCUGUGACUGUAAUGAGUGAAUGAAUGGGGGUGUGUUUUCAGGAAUGUACUGAGAGCAGAUGUACAUUAUGUGCAAAAAAAAAUGUAUUUUAGCAAGUGGAUGAGUGAGAAAAUGAGAAGCGAUUUGUGUGGUUCUUUUUAAUGUGGUCAACAGAAUGGUAGAUUGUGACACUUUGUUAAAAUAUUUCAUUUAAACAGUGUUUUAAUUUGUGAACCUGAAAUCAUAAAGAGCUAUUUUGGUAAUGUACAAGUGCAUAAGCAUCGUUUCUGACAACAUUGUAUAAAUAUAUUUGAAAGU